AUGCAUCGUGAUACUACUACUACGGCGAAAGCCGCAAAGGCCUCUCUUGCAAAUGAUGCGGCCGACAUCGAAAAUGACGUUGAGCUAGAGAACACCGCUGGGAUUCCGCCGGAGAUGAAGCGAAACUUCAGUCUCUGGUCGUUGUUAUUCAUGUGCUGCUGUACUAGUACGACGUGGGAGGCCCUGACCUCUACCAUGAGUCAGGCCCUCAGCUCGGGGGGCAGCUCUAGCAUGGACCGACUCGUCGACUACAAGCUUGUGUGGCGCGAUCCGAUUCCCACCUGGUUGUCUAAGUCCAAUAAGCUUGCCGUUAUGGGCGAUGCAGCCCACUGCCAUCUCCCCACCUCAGCUCAGGGUGCUUGCCAGGCUGUUGAGGAUGCUUUCUGCAUGGCGUCCUGCCUACAAAAUGCCGAGGGCGAUGUGCCGUUGGCCCUCCAGGUCUUUGAGCGUAUUCGUUUCAAUCGAUCGCAUGUGAUUCACAUGUCCUCAAUCAGUAAUCGAGAUGCCGCUCAUUCCACGGACUGGACACCUGAGCUUGCCGCCAAAUUGCCUGACAGUGUGUCUAUCCCCCAUGAUGACUGGAUCAUCGAGUACGAUGUUGCGGAAGAAACCGAGAAGCACUUUUCCCGAAUCGCAGAGGAAGUUAUGAGCGGAAAGCAGGGAACGAUCGAGGAGCUAAGUCUGCCAGCGGGUGGUUCAUUUGCUGUACUCGACGAGAUCAAAAACAGAAAAGACGAGCCAAAGGGACCAAUUUUGGAAACUAUUAAUAAGCAGGAGCAGAAGCAGGCAGCAACUUAA